UGGUGGAAAGAUAUAUGCAGGGUCAAGAAGGUCAGGAGGAACCAGAGUAGGUCCAGAAGGUCAGGAGGAACCAGAGCAGGUCCACAAGGUCAGGAGGAGCCAGAGUAGGUCCAGAAGGUCAGGAGGAACCAGAGUAGUUCCACAAGGUCAGUAGGAACCAGAGCAGGUGCAGAAGGUCAGGAGGAACCAGAGCAGGUGCAGAAGGUCAGCAGGAACCAGUGCAGGUGCAGAAGGUCAGGAGGAAUCAGAACAGACCCAGAGGGUCAGAAGGAACCAGAGUCUCUUUUCCAGGUCCGGUGAUGAUUCUUGAGGUGUGUUUACGUGGGAACCGGCAGGUUCUGCGCACAUUCGCUUGGCAGCUGGUCCGGAGCAGCUCGUCCAGCGCCUCGAUCAGGCGGACCGAGCCGGAGGAUCACGCGCUCGCCGAGACGCAAGCUCUCCCUCUGUUCUCCCGUGCCGCCAUCGGGAGCUUCUUCCAGGAGCAGCCUCUGCUCAGGAACCCCUUUACCCAGGAUGCACUGCUGCGGGCGUACCUGCGCAGACACCUGCCGCUACAGGAGGUGGAGUCUGAUCUGCGUACGUUCGGAGAGCGGAUCGUUAGCGAGAUCGACGCUCUGGGGCGCCAGUGUGAGCAGAAUCCCCCCCGACUGCAGCAGUACGAGGCGUGGGGGCGGAGAGUCGACCGCAUCAUCACCUGUCCCGCCUGGACUCGCAUGAAGCACAUUGCAGCGCAGGAAGGGCUGGUCGCCGCGGGAUACGAGAGACACUUCGGGGAGUGGAGUCGUGUGUAUCAGGUGUGUAAGCUGUACCUGUACGCUCCCUCUGCUGGCCUCUACAGCUGUCCACUCGCCAUGACUGACGGAGCCGCUAAAGUUAUCCAGUCUCUGGGUAUGCCAGUUAAAGAAGUGUUUGAUCGUCUGACGUCGCGGGACGAGCAGAGGUUCUGGACGUCGGGUCAGUGGAUGACGGAGAGGAGAGGAGGAUCAGACGUCGCGAACGGUACGGAGACGGUUGCCUGGCGACAGGAGGACGGCUCGUACCGGCUGCACGGCUUUAAGUGGUUCACUUCAGCAACGGACGCUGACUUCACCCUCACCCUGGCACGCAUCGCCGACAAGGACGGGACCACCACGCCGGGGACUCGUGGAGUGUCUCUGUUCUGCGCGGAGGUUUGGGGUUCUGAUGGCUGCACUAACGGAAUAGAGAUCCAGAGACUGAAGGAUAAGCUGGGAACCCGACAGAUGCCCACGGCGGAGCUGCUGCUGGACGGCACCCGCGCUCGGCUGUUAUCAGAGGAGGGAAGGGGCGUGGCCUCCAUAGCUAACAUGCUAACUCUCACCAGGAUCCACAACACAGUGUCUGCUGUAGCGGCUAUGAGGAGGAUAACCCAGCUGGGCAGGGAAUACUCCACUAAGCGCUCCGUGUUCGGAAAGCUGCUGAAGGACCGUCCACUGCACGUACAGACCCUGAGCCGGCUGGAGGUGGAGACCCGCGCUGCCUUCCUGCUGAUGAUGGAGGUUUGUCGUCUGCUGGGUCGAGAGGAAACAGGAGUGGCUACAGAGAGAGAGACUCACCUGUUCAGGCUGCUCACACCUGUCGCUAAACUCUACUCAGGAAAACAGGCGGUUGCCGUGGUGUCUGAGGGUUUGGAGUGUUUUGGAGGUCAGGGUUACAUAGAGGACACUGGACUGCCCGCCAUGCUGAGAGACGCACAGGUGUUGAGUAUAUGGGAGGGAACCACUAACGUUCUGUCUCUGGAUGUUCUGCGCUCCAUCUCUAAGUCCUCAGGGCAGGUGCUGCAGGCGUUCUUCUCUGACGUGGAGGAGCGCCUGUGUUCAGCAGGUCCUCCUCUGGCUCCUGCUGUGGCGUCUCUCAGCUCGUCCCUCUCCGGUCUGGCCAAGUUCAUCCAGACAGCAGCAUCACGGAACCCAGCUAGCCUGGAGCUCGCAGCACGGGACCUGUCAUACAGCCUAGCUCGCAUCUACAUGGGAGUUCUGCUGGUGGAUCACGCGUCGUGGGACGGAUCUUCUCCUGCUGAUGUCUACGCCGCUCUGAGGUGGUGUGAGGGUGACCUUUGCCCUGUGGUCAGUGGAGAGGCCCGAGGCUGUUACAGUGCUGAAACUACAGGGAUGGACGCUGCUCUGGUUUACGAAGGCCUGGAGGAAACAGCAUAAUCAUACAGACACAGAGGAGACCCACACUAGAGCUGCAGGACUGUUAAUCAAACCCAGAUCGGCGUUUUUAAUUAGAGUUACACAGUUCUCAGUCCAGUCAGAGCAGAACAUAUAUAUACUCUACAUUUAUACACCACGGAACUGCUAAUGUGUACAAUAACACAGCAAACAUAUACAGAGCUAUUACUGAAACACCAAAACAAAGCUCAGUGCAAAUAUGUCAUUUUAUAAUUAUCCAAAAUAUUACUUUAGAAAAGAAGAUGUUUAUUUUUGAAUAUAAUAAUUAUAAUAAUAACAAACUUUACAGGUUCACAAAGUGCUUUAAAGAGUGAUUAAAACCAAACAUCAAGACUUAUAAAUAAAAAUGACAUUGAGCAGAAAAAAUGUUGUUUUUGU